AACCGCGGUGGGAACUGUCAAACAGCGAGCCUUGGAGGGGCUCGGCCGGCGCGCGCGCCGCGCAGGCGCAGUGAGGCGGCGAUGAGCAGGGAGAAAUUGCGAGCGGCUCGCUCGUGUGCUCUGCGGCUGCGCGGCCGAGUCGCUCUCCGGGGUCCCGGGGUGCUGGUGGGCUGUCCUGGGCCGGGGGAGGGUCUGGAUAGGGCGGGCGAGGAUCUGGGCCUGGACUUUGUCCCUUGUGCCCCGCCCUCCCCCGAGCCAGAGAGGCCGCACUCCUGCUCGGCUGUGCAGGGAGUGACAGUUUCCUUCACUACGCUGCGGGCUGCUCACUGGAGAAAGCUCCCAGUUGCAGGGAGUGUGCAAACCCAGGCCAGGUUUGGGAGAAUUUGCGGCGCCACGCCCUGAGCAGCGCGGCAGAGGCCAGCCGCCAAGGGGGCAUGCAGCCCCUGGGAGCCUGACUUCAUAGCAUCUCCCGGGUGCAAGGCCCUGGGCCAGCUCGGGGUUUGGAAUGAUGAAGUCCCUGCACUCUUGUUCUAUGGAAAGUCUCUGCCCCUGAGGAGGGAAAACAGGCCUGGUGAAGGGGAGAGACCUGACUGGGGUCUCCACAGCUUCCCGACUCUCCGUCCUUGGCGUCAGAGUAGCUUCUUGGAGGGCUCAUGGCCUUUCAGGUGAUCUGUCUGGCCACCUCCUGGCCUACCUGAGCCUCAGCCCUAUUUUUGUCGUUGUUGGUUUUUUGACUCUCAUCAUAUUCAAGCGGGAGCUACACACGAUUUCAUUCCUUGGGGGACUGGCACUGAAUCAGGGCGUCAACUGGCUGAUCAAACACGUCAUCCAGGAGCCUCGGCCCUGUGGAGGCCCACAUACAGCAGUGGGCACUAAGUACGGGAUGCCCUCCAGCCAUUCCCAGUUCAUGUGGUUCUUCUCCGUCUACUCCUUCCUCUUCCUGUAUUUAAGAAUGCACCAAACAAAUAACGCCAGGUUCUUGGACUUGCUGUGGAGGCACGUGCUGUCUCUAGGGCUCCUCACCGCGGCCUUUCUCGUCUCCUAUAGCAGGGUCUACCUGCUGUACCACACCUGGAGCCAGGUGUUUUAUGGGGGCGUGGCUGGAAGCCUCAUGGCCGUCGCCUGGUUCAUCAUCACGCAGGAAAUCCUCACUCCGUUGUUCCCCAGGAUAGCAGCCUGGCCCAUCUCCGAGUUUUUCCUCAUCCGGGACACGAGCCUCAUUCCCAAUGUGCUCUGGUUUGAGUACACAGUAACCAGGGCAGAAGCCAGGAACAGACAGCGCAAACUUGGAACAAAACUGCAGUGACUGGUGGGUGUGGCUGCGUCUAGCCUCCGAAUCUGGCCUGCACCAUGCCUUGCAGGAUGGACAGAAUGAUGGAUGGAGGGGUGAAGCAGAGACCUCUACAGACCAGAGUCACCAAGUGGAGCCUUUUUUUUUCUUAUUUUAAUUUCAAUGGACACGGUGGACCAAAGUGCUGAGUCAGGUCCUCAGCCAGGACCCUGGGAGGGCCUGCUGUGUGUGGGUCACAUGGCCAGAGCCCAUCUCUGCUGCUGCCAGCUCCUGGCUGGGUGGAAAGUGCUCUUGGCACGGGCCUCAGCGUGCGUGUAGAGCGUGUGUACCUCUGGUCCUGAGAUCAGGAAGUGCAGGUAGCGGAAUGCGCACUAUUUAUUCUUUUGGGAUUGUGGAGUUCAUGCUGAAGAGGCCACUCUGCAGCAGCUGCCCUGUGUACACAGGGCCCAGGUUAGCUCCCAGACCCUGUGCUCUGAGCCUCAGGCAGUACAGCCUGCCUCCUGCUGGGCCUGAGCAGGGCCUAGGGCCCAGGGCCCAGGAGCGAGGCCUCCCCUGCUGUCCCUGCCACCAUCGCCAUUCCAGAACCCUUGUCAGUGUUUCCUCGUCUGGGGCAGGGCCCAGAGUCAGCACCUGUUUAUCCGUCUGUCGGCUGGGCUGCUGGCUUGUGUUCUUCCCUCUACCAACCCGACAUCACAAGGGCUUUCUCCGGUCCUCUAUCCCUUCCUGACAAAAGAGCCUGCACAUACGGGUGAGCACACCCAAGCGUUUACAGCUCCUUUUGUCUGGCCAUCGGGUAGCAGUCUGUCUUCAUCCCCACUUGAACAAAAGAGAGGAAGCAGGAGCUGGGAUGCUGGCUGUGUGGCAGUGCAGACACCCUCCCCCAUCGCCUGCCCAUGUGCUCUGGAUUUGUCCCUGUCCUUCCUGGCCUGUCCUGGAGGCUGGAAACCAGUGCAGGUUGAUCCUGGGGUCUGCCUGGGAGUGGGCUCUGAUCCCAGCUGCCAGGAGUCCCUUUUAAGGGACUCUCUCCAGGUUGUCCUGCCACAGCUGUGGAGAUGCUUCCAGAACUGAAGCAGCCCCUGGGGGAGCUGUUGAGCCCUCCCCCGUUUCUCCCUGGAGGUCCCUAACCUGCUGCUGAAGCACAAGUUUUUGGUGCUUUCCUUUGUGUUUGUUAAAGGCCGUGUCCAAGCCCCUCAGAUGCCAGGGCCAGGGCUGGUUUCUAGGGAGGUAGGUCAGUCACAUCCAUCCCCCCUCCCCCGUAGGAUUUUUAUUUUUUACUUUUUGCCUGAGACAAGCCAAGUGUGAGGUGGUUUAAGAAAUCAAAUGAAAUUGUUUACUAUUGUUUUAAAAUAAAAUCUGAAACUCUG